CGGAAGUGUCGUAGGCGCGUCUGCAUUCUAUGGGAGGAGAGAGAGAAGGAGAGAGAGAGAGGCGCGCGGGCCUCAGUCGCCGUCGUCAUGAGCCGCUUCAAGUUCAUUGGUGAGGACGGUUGCCUGGGCAACUGGGGGGGUGUUCCUUUGCGUCCGCAAAGAGGGCGCCGGGCCUAGUCGCUCAGGGGCAGCCCUUCGAGGUGGGGGGGGGGGCGGCUGCGGAACCGGCCGAAGGGACCCCCCCCCCAGGCGCGCUUACUCCGCGGCAAGCCCCGUCGUUGUCAGUGGAGCUUGCUCCCGGGGUUGGGGAUCGCAGCCUUGCUCCCCUGAGAGGAACCUGCGCGGGGUUGCAGGUGCGCGCAGGGCGAUCCUGUGCUCGUUGGCUGGGGAGCAAGCCCCCCCAAGUCACAAUUCCGGUUCUGCGCAUGCUUACUCAGAAGCAGGGCCCGUCGAUUUCAUCCAUUCAUUUCUUAUUUGUGUUAUACGGGGCUUGCUUCUGGGUACCCCGGCGUGCAAAGCCGGAGCCGUAACUGGUAGCUCCUUCUCUGCUUUGCUUGUAUCUCACAAAUGCACACAAGAGACCUUUUGUUUUUGCGGCAAGCAGUCAGAUUUAUGCAGAGAUCUAAUCCGUUUGCGGUAUUUGGCUACAAAUGGACACAGGAGACAGUUCCAACCCUUUCCCUCACAUCCUGCAGCGAUUCCCCUGCAGCCAUUGCCAGAUGAGAAUCUGCAUUUAGUGGCUUCUCUUGGGGGUUAGUGCCUGCAUGCAUUUGACUCUCCCUGUCAUUUGAUGAUUUGGCAGGUGCAUUGUGUAUAUUGACUCCACUGAAAGAGCAUUGCACAUGAGGUGGCCUGAAAGUUCUGGCCUUGGUGUUUGCAUGAAUGAGCCACUGCAGAUUAUACAAGCUGUCACGUGACGCAUGUACCAAUGUAUUAUUAUUAGCAUUAUUGUUUUUAUUUUAUUUCUAUACCAUUUUAUAUGUUUAAGAAAAACCUCAAAGGGGCUUACAACACAUUAAAACAUCAAAUAAAACAAUCCAGAAUGAAACAUAGCAGGUACAUGCAAGACAGCCCUCGUUCCAUAAGAAAGGUUUUGCAGGCUUUUUAAAGGGAUCCUCUCCUAGUACAGACUCCGGCCUUUAACAGCAACCAGUAUAUAUCUGAAGCAUAGAGUCAUAGUUUCAUCACAUGUCGGGGACCCAUCAGAUCUUCUGACAUCUUGAAACUGCAGGUGAGGAGCUUUUCAGAUGAUGGACUCCAACUCCCAUCAUCCCCAGGCAGCAUAGACAAUGACCCAAGUUGAGGAUACUAAUUUAUUUCUCUCUCUCUCUAGAUAUCGGUGUUAAUUUAACUGAUCCUAUGUUCAAAGGCAUAUACAGAGGUACUCAAAAGCAUCAAGGUAAAUAUUCUGUCUGUUUCUUUAAUGGCUCCUUCUGUAGUCCUCAUAUCCCCAGAUAUUCACGGUAUGCAUCUGCAAGAGACAUUUUCUUUCAGGUUACACAUUUUGGGGUACCCCCAUUCCCAGAGAGUGACAUUAUUAUUAUUAUUAUUAUUAUUAGUUAUUAAAACUGGACUUUCAUCCUGCUCUUGUCUCCCACCCAUCAUUUUGAGAGAAAAAACCCACUAGGGUGGUAAUUCAAUGCAGUUUUACUCAGAGUACACCCAUUAUAAUUAUUGAACAUGACUGAUUAAUUGAAAUGGAUCUGAUCUGAGUAAUAAUUGAGUAUAUAUAAUUGAUCUGAGUUAUUCCUUAACUGAAGGCUACAAUCUUUUGCAUAUCUUACUUGGGAGGAAGUCCUAUUCAGUUCAGUAUGGCUUCUAAGUAGACAUGUGUAAAAUUGCGCUGUAAAGCCACAGUCCUUAACACUCUUAGCUGGGAGUAAGCCUCAGUUAACACAAUGGGACUCUCUUCUAAGCAUGCAUGCAUAGGAUUGUGCUGUAAGGCUGCAAUUCUGUUAAUACUUUCUUGGGAGUACGCUGCAUUGGACUCAGUAUUUUUGAAUAAGCAUGCUUAGUGUUGUGCCUUUGAAGUGUGCUAUCUGACAAUCAUACUGAGAGUAGACCCACUGAAAACUAAAGCUACUUGUGAUGUAACUUCAGUGUGAGUUUUUCCUCAGUAAGACUUAGUCACAUUGUGCUACCCUAAGACUUGAGUUUCAGCAAAUCUCCAGAUGAAGAGUACAGUAUUCAAUUGCUGAAACUCAAGUCUUAGGGUAGCACAAUGUGACUAAGUCUUACUGAGGAAAAGGCUCACUGGGUUAUCUGGGUGGCUUGGAUUUCAGUGGAUCUCUCAGUAUGAUUGUCAGAUAGCCUUGCUCAAGGCACAAGCAAUCUUGUUCAAGCAGUUAGCUCAGCAUCUCCCAAGGCUGUUGGCUGGGGUGCAGUGCCUACAGCAAUCCCCAAUACUGUCCUUGUGUGUGGUCGUAGCUGGGCUACUCCCAGCUGGGUGUUGGGGCCAGUGGCCACAGCUGAAUUUUACAUGUAUAAACGCCAUACUGAAUGGAAAGACUCACUCCCAAAGUAUGCAAAAAGAUUGUAACUCGAAUCAAUUAUAUAUACUCAGUUAUUGCUCGAAUCAGUCCAUUUCAAUUAAUCAGUCAUGUUCAACGAGUAAUGGGUAUUUAUAGUAAAAACUUGCGUGAAUUACCGCCUGUGGGUUUUUCUGUAAAUGAUGGGUGAAAUGAUAAGUGAAAGUCGAACAAUAACAAUAAUAUUAAUAAUAAUGUCCUCUCGAGAGUGGGGGUGCAAAGUGACCUGAGGAAGGAAAUGUCUCUUGCGGGUAAUACCGUGAAUAUCGUGAAUAUGAAUUACAGAAAAAUAUAAGCAAGUAUUUACAGCGAUGCUAUCUCUCUGUAUAUGCUUAUUUGAACAACAAGAUCAGUUAAGUAACACCGAUAUCUAGAGAGAAAGAAAAUAAAUUAUUAUCUGCAAGGGACAUUUUCUUUCAGGUUACACAUUUUGGGGUUCCCCCCCAUUCCCAGAGAGUGAUAUUAUUAUUAUUAUUAUUAUUAUUAUUAUCAGUUAUUAAAAUUGGACUUUCAUCCUGCUCUUGUCUCCCACCCAUCAUUUUGAGAGAAAAAACCCAUUAGGGUGGUAAUUCAAUGCACUUUUACUCAGAGUACACCCAUUAUAAUUAUUGAACAUGACUGAUUAAUUGAAAUAGAUCUGAUCUGAGUAAUAAUUGAGUAUAUAUAAUUGAUCUGAGUUACUCCUUAACUGAAGGCUACAAUCUUUUGCAUAUCUUACUUGGGAGGAAGUCCUAUUCAGUUCAGUAUGGCUUCUAAGUAGACAUGUGUAAAAUUGCGCUGUAAAGCCACAGUCCUUAACACUCUUAGCUGGGAGUAAGCCUCAGUUAACACAAUGGGACUCUCUUCUAAGCAUGCAUGCAUAGGAUUGUGCUGUAAGGCUGCAAUUCUGUUAAUACUUUCUUGGGAGUACGCUGCAUUGGACUCAGUAUUUUUGAAUAAGCAUGCUUAGAGUUGUGCCUUUGAAGUGUGCUAUCUGACAAUCAUACUGAGAGUAGACCCACUGAAAACUAAAGCUACUUGUGAUGUAACUUCAGUGUGAGUUUUUCCUCAGUAUGACUUAGUCACAUUGUGCUACCCUAAGACUUGAGUUUCAGCAAAUCUCCAGAUGAAGAGUACAGUAUUCAAUUGCUGAAGGGAAACUAUCAAAAACGCCUUGCUGCAUGACCAAGAAGCUCUAAUGAAGCAUAGAUGAUUAAGAAGUCAAUUUCUGGCAGUUGGUGGAGCAUACAUAUGGAGAUGAUCACUUAUAUAUGUUGAAUAUGUUCCUAGGAAAAAUAUUUAUCAAGGAAAACUUGAUGAAUCACAAUCCUCAAAUCACUUGAGAGUGGUACUGCUUGUGGAGGAAAUUACUUUCAAUGAUCUUCAAAGAAUCUGAGGUAUAGUCCUUCCUAGUCAAUAAGGAUAUCUAUGCCGCUUAAUGGAGAUAGCACAGUUUGAUUGACCAUUACUGCUGUAAAGUUGCAGGAAAAGGAAAGGAAAUGUAGGAGCUGCUGCACACCUGAGGCUGUUAAAGGUUCCAGAAAUAGACAUGGCCAUAGGAAUGCUUUAAAUUAAGGAUUUCAGUUCUGUCUUUUUGCAGAUGACUUCUUGGAUGUGGUGGCUAGAGCGGUCAAAACUGGUGUUAAAAAGGUACAUUUGUUCUUCAAAGGUUUUGGGUAGUGUGUUUUGUGUUAAAUUUCAGUUGUUUCUGUUGACUUUUGAUAUCUGUGUUUUUCAAGAUAUAAAUGAAUCCUAACAUUUAGAAACUAGCACUUAAGUAAACUUUCUUUUUUAUUAUUCCAGUUCAUGAUUACAGGUGGAAGUUUGCAAGAUAGCAAAGAUGCACUUCAGCUGGCACAAACAAAUGGUAUUUGCCUCUUUAUGUUAUAUAGCUUUCAAUGGAAUGCUUUAAUUAUCCUAUACAGUGGUACCUCGGGUUAAGAACUUAAUUUGUUCUGGAGGUCCGUUCUUAACCUGAAACUGUUCUUAACCUGAAGCACCACUUUAGCUAAUGGUGUUUCCUGCUGCUGCCGCACUGCUGCUACGCGAUUUCUGUUCUCAUCCUGAAGCAAAGUUCUUAACCCGAGGUACUAUUCCUGGGUUAGCAGAGUCUGUAACCUGAAGCAUAUGUAACCCGAGGUACCACUGUAUUUAACAUUUAAAAUGACAAAAGCCAAUAUGCUCCAGUUCAGUCCAAAGAAUUAUGAGCAGAAGGAAAGGAAUGCUUUUCACACACCAUUCCUUUGGGGCGGUUGGCUGUCUCGACCUAACUCACUGCUGCUAGGUCUGAUGUCUUGUCAAGUGAACCCUGCAUAGAGUCACACACAGAAGGGGAGAUGAGUCAGGUGAUCACUUGCUUUGUGGUCUUUGCAGAGCGUAUGUAACCACCUGCUCACAAUCUUAUCUGCUAUGCUGUGUGUCUCAAGUGACACUCUGCCAUUCCAAGGCUGGUUUCAUGACCACAGGAACUACCGGUACCUUAUUCAAAAGUGAGUAAGUUAAUUUAAAAGUUGAGUUAAAGAAAGCUUUGUACUGAUGUACAGAAUUUUACAUUGUCUUUCAAAUCUGUAUGGUGCCUCCCUGCUCCAUGAAGCCCUUGCUUCUUGAGUUCCCAGGUUUUCACUCCCAGGUCCUAAGUACAUGUAACAGCAUAUCCUUGCAUUCAGCCUCUGUUACCAUUGCAUCUGCUCACCAUCAGGCUUUAGGAUGCAAGUUCUUUGGGGGCUGGAGACUGGAACGCUUAUGCGGUGAUGCACCCUGCACUUUGACAAGCGUUCUAGCAAUAAUAACCCACACGUUCAUGUCGUUUGUUUUCAGACAUGUUUUAUAGUACUGUUGGCUGCCACCCCACCCGCUGUGGAGAGUUUGAACAGAGCAACCCUGAGCAGUACUUAGCAGAGCUACAAGGUCUAGCUGAGAAAAAUAAAGGGAAGGUCAUAGCAAUUGGAGAGUGUGGCUUGGGUAAGUAGCAACCAAGUGGCUUGGCAGUGAUGUUUCCUUCCUGGCAAUUCAAAAGCCAGUUAAUUGUUUGUCAAUUCUCUCUUCCAGAUUUUGACAGAUUAGAAUUCUGCACUAAGGACACUCAACUCAAGUAAGAGAGAUUUACUUAACACAUAAGAGAAACUGCAUCCUUCAUACUUUUUAAGUGUUGUUUUUAUUAUCAAGGAUUUUCUCCCAGUGACAGCCAUUGGAAGCCAAGGAACAGUUGCUCUUCCUCCCCAUCACCCCAAAUGGAUAUAAUAACCAAGGAGAAACAGUCACCACUUCCCUGUUCUUCCCUAAGUGGCCUACAGGUCACACCAAACCCCUGACUGCCUCUUCACGUGGCUGAACCAUCCCAUUGCUUCCACCACAUCAUUCAUUGGAACUUGCAGUGGCUGGCCGGUGCUUUGAUUCCAUGGGUGGUGUUUUUGCAAUCCAUAUAUGCACAAAUCAUCAUAAAGCACGAUGGCAGGGCCCAGAACACCAGCCCUCGAGUAGAAGUUGUGCAUGCCAGGUGACCAAAGGAUGGGAAGUUGCAGUGCUGAGUUAAAUUGAACAGGACGCGGGUGGCACUGUGGGUUAAACCACAGAGCCUAGGACUUGCCGAUCAGAAGGUCGGCGGUUCAAAUCCCUGCAACGGGGUGAGCUCCCGUUGCUCGGGCCCUGCUCCUGCCAACCUAGCAGUUCGAAAGCACAUCAAAGUGCAAGUAGAUAAAUAGGUACUGCUCUAGCAGGAAGGUAAACGGUGUUUCCGUGUGCUGCUCUGGUUUUCCAGAAGCGGCUUAGUCAUGCUGGCCACAUGACCUGGAAGCUGUACUCCGGCUCCCUCGGCCAAGAAAGUGAGAUGAGUGCCGCAACCCCCGAGUCGGUCACGACUGGACCUAAUUGUCAGGGGUCCCUUUACCUUUACCUUACUGGGUGGAGGGGUCACUGGAUGCUAUAGCUACUGAGUGCACAAGGCACUGGUUGCUGUAAUGUUAAUCUUGGGAACAGUUUGACUGCAGAAAAGCACUGAAGUAAAAUGGAAAGAGAAUGAACUAGGUGCAAAAGCCAAGGAAUUUAGCAUGAAACAACACAUGCCAAUAAAAGUUAGUUGUUUUUAUUGUGCAUUGUAGGGAUGGGGGAAGCUGUGAUCCAUCAGUUGCUGCUGGACUCUUGACACCUAUCGGCCUCAGCCAGUAUGGCUAAUAAUGGUCAAAGAUGAUGGUAUCAGUAAUGCAGAAACAGCUUGGGAGGGCCCAGGCUCUGGGUGGCUCUGGAUGUCCACAAGCAGGGCAGAGGUGUGGUAGCCAUCUCUUAAUUGCCCCCAGAACCUGGUUACCAAGAUGCAUAACUGCAUCUGAACAUGGAGGCUUCCAUUUCCUGCAUUGCUGGGGGUUGGACUAGAUGACCCUUGGGGUCCCUUCCAAUUCUUUGAUUCCAUGAUUUCACUGUCCUUCCUUAAUCGUUCCACAAAUGUUUCUGACAAUCCCAAGUAUUUGCUGCCACUGCGUUUUUGAUGGCAGCUCAUAAGACAGUGCUGACAACCGACAGUCAUCUGUGUGAUAUUUAUGCUCUUCUGCAUAGGGGGAGACCCAGCAUCAGUCAUGGCAGCACAGUUGGUUAGCUAGGAUUCUUUCACAAUUCACAGGUAAACUAUGACUGUGUAAUGUUUGGUCUGACACUUGCACAUCACACGAUGCAAACACAACCUCCUGUUGUAAGGUGAUACAGUCGUACCUCAGAAGUCGAACACCUUGCGAGCCAAACUUUUUGGCUCCCUAGUGCCGCAGACCCAGAAGUGACUGUUCCGGUUUGUGAACAUUCUUUGGAACCUGAACGUCCGGUGCAGGUUCCACGGGUUCUGAUUGGCUACAGGAGCUUCCUGCAGCCAAUCAGAAGCCACACCUUGGUUUCCAAAUGUUUUGGAAGUUGAACAGACUUGCGGAAUGUAUUCCAUUUGACUUCCGAGGUAUGACUGUAUUUUAACAGCAUUGCUUUUCUUGGCAACAUCCAUAGAAGGCCUGGCUUUUUACCAUUCCUCGCUUAGGCUUGUAUCCUGGUCUAAUGGCUUUGAAACAUAAUUUUGCUGCUGUUAUAAAGCAGGCAUGGCCCUCCAAAAUCCCCCCACCCCACCCAAGCACUUCUUUAAGUCUCCUUCUGGCCUUAAUGAAAUAUCAGCCACUGAAAAUGUGUGUGUUGUGGCUGUAACAUUAGGAAGCCACUUUCUAGAUCACCCCACUGCACGGAAAGCCACUAUAAAUGCGCAGUCCUAGCCGGUAUAGACAGAGGUGGUGAGAGAAAUGCUGCCCUCUACCCUUGGAAGAACCUGCUGGUUUUAGCACUGGUACACUAAGAUCUGGAGAGAAAAGAUCCCUCUUGAGGUGCUCUCCAAAGAGCAGGGAGGGGGAUCUUUUGUCUCCCGAUUUUAGCACUACACACCAGCAUUGCUAGACACCCUCACCCUGCCACUUGAGUGGGAAAUGCAGGAAAUGAUGGUUUGCGUGUGUCUCUGCGUCUGUCUCCAGGUGAGUUUGUGGGGAAGAGUGUGAGCCUGGGAGAAUGCUCUGUGCCUUCAUAUAUGUUGGGUGCAUGUGCUGUAUGUGGGGUGAAUGUGCAUGUCUGAAUAUAUGUUCAUGUGGUCCGUGUGUGUGUGUAUACACUCGCUUAUAAAUUGACAAUACCCACCACGGGCGUGUGUCCCUGGAAUGGGAGGCUGACUGUCAGUGUGGCCUUCAAGCCACGAAAGCUUAGCCACUCCCGGUCUAGAAUCAUUUUCUUAUCGAGAAAUCACACAAAACCUGGCAUGAUGUUGCCAAUAUGAAACAUUUUCAAAUCCUAUUGAGUUUAAAGCACAUGCUUAACCUUCCCAUAGAACUAAAUGGGACUUAAAAGUGUUCCCUUCUGGCAGGAUUAUGUCUGCACCUAAAUAAUAAUUAUUAUUAAUAAUAAUAAUAAUAAUAACCACUCCAUUCUUUCUAACGCUUUAAACCAUUUAGAUAAUCUAUAGCUGAGAUUUCAUUAAAUGUAGGGAUGUUUCUAUUUAUUUCUUUUCAGGUAUUUUGAAAAACAAUUCGAUUUAUCUGAACAAACAAAAUUACCGAUGUUUCUGCACUGCAGGAAUUCACAUCCAGAAUUUGUAGGUGGGUUUUGCAAAAGAAUACUUUUUUAAAAAAUGUAGAAAUCUCUGGGCUUUUUAAUGUAAAAUAUUCUCCUUUCACACAGAUAUAAUGAGGCGAAACAGAGAGAGGUGUGUGGGAGGAGUGGUAAGUGCCCGAUGUUCAGUUGUGUUUCUUUUCAGCAUCAACCUCUUUGUGAUACAAGUUUAUUUUAUAAACAGAUAUCUCACUUUUCAUGUGUUUCUAAGUAGCUGAAAACUAAAACAUGCAAUGCUUUCUAGUUGCCCUCGGUAAAAUUAUCCCGUGAGCAAGCACUUUAAGGUAGGGGUCUAGUCUGAAAUUUACAGGUAGAUUCGUUUUGUGGACCAGAUGACUAGAAUCAUAGAAUCAUAGAGUUGGAAGAGACCACAAGGGCCAUCGAGUCCAACCCCCUGCCAAGCAGGAAACACCAUCAGAGCACUCCUGACAUAUGGUUGUCAAGCCUCUGCUUGUAGACUAGUUCUACUUCAUUAAUCUGAAAUCCACAUCCUUUUUAAAGUGUUGUGAAUGUGAUUGUCACCUUUUUCCUAUAGACACAUUGAACAGGGAAGGGCCGCUCUCUGUUGAGUAUAUACUGUGUGAAACCCAAGUUUGCCUCUGCAUAGUGUGCAAAAUGACCUGUACAGAUUUAGUUCAGCUGGGCUUAUUCCUAAAUAAGUGGGCAUAGUCUUGCAGCCUUUGAAAUGAACAGUGUGUUCACAUUAUCUCACGAUGGAAUAAUGGCGGUUGUGUGACAUAGCUGUGAAAUAGAGUGGGGUUUCCCAAACCAGGGUCCGCAGCUGUUUUUGGACUACAACCCCCAUCAUACCUGACCCCUGGUCCUGCUAGCUAGGGAUGAUGGGAGUUGUAGUCCAAAAACAGCUGCAGUGGGGAUGAAUGGCGCGACCUGUACCACAUACACAAGCAAUGGGCCUGUCCUGGCAGCUAAGCUACAGUGCCUUUUGCAUCAGAGGCAAGGUAGGGGAGCUGUCUUUCAGCCUCCUUGAAUUGGGCUGCUGGUCUCGUUGCCUUCUACUUGUUAGAUUAAAUCAAAGAUCUUUGAUUUAACUGAAUUCCUGACCAGGCCACAGAUGGUUCUACCCCACAGCAUGGACUUCGUUGAUUGGCUCUUAUCGGUUAAGGGCCCCAUACAUACACAUGCUCACUUUCGGUGGCAAAAAUUAUCAGCGCUUGUGUGCACACGGCUAGCAAAUACUAUUCAGAAAUAUCAACUGGCUUUGGAGGAAUGCAAGAAAAGGGAAAGCUUGUACUGAAGUUAGAAAAAUCUCAAUGCAUCUUCAGAUGAUAAAGGUGUAUCUUUACUUGUUUACAGGUACACUCUUUUGAUGGCACCAAAGAGGAAGCAGCAGCUAUAAUAGAGUUAGAUCUCUACAUAGGAAUAAAUGGUUGGUAAGUUAUUUUAGACAUCUAAUGGCUGAGGUGAAAGGGUUCCUUUUUAUUUUGGGAUGGAUACUUUAAAGCACACCUGUGCAGCUUGUGGCUCAUCAAGGUGACUGCACCUCAGCCACCAUGUAUCGUGCCCUCACAGGUAAUUCAGACACUUCAAUCCCAGGUAGGCAGUAAGAACAGCGCACCUAUGAAGCAUCUGCCAGACAUGGGUGGCGGGCGGGCUAUAUAUAAUUUGCAGUCCUUCACAUAUUCUUAAGUGCUGCAAUGGGCUGCCUACGGAACUUUGAAUUGGACUAUAUAUGCAAGUACCAACCACUCUUGUGUGACAUCGCCAGAAUCUCAGUCCUCAUUAGCCUUGGUUUGGAAUUGUGUACAUAGCUAGAGCAACAGCUGCCAGCCAACAGAGGUGAGCUGGGUGCAUGGGGGACAUUUUAAACGAAAAGACAAAUAGGCAAGAAGAAUUAAGGGGAACCUAUGGAAAGAAUGGGGGAAGAGUCCUCCCAAUGCUGCUUCUGGUUUAAGAAAAAAAAUCAGGAAACGUAGGGAAGUUUCACACAACUGCUUGUAAAUCUGGUUUCAGCCUUAGCCUAAGAUAGCAAUUCCGUGUGCACUUUCAUGAGAGUAAGCCAAACUAAAUUUUGCAGGAGUGACUAAACGUACUUUUUGGGGUGAUUGUGCCCAGCAUCUUGGAUCUGGGCAGACAAGUUGUUCCUUGAAUCUUGUGAGAACUUCCUUCUAUUUGGACUAAAGAAUUUCAACAAAUCAUAGUGAUUUUCAUAUUCAUAUUAUUUCCAGUUCCCUGAAAACAGAAGCUAAUUUAGAAGCAGUGAGGUCAAUUCCCAGUGAAAGAUUAAUGCUAGAAACAGGUAAGUUGUUGUUUUAUUUAAUACUAUUUAACAUUUUACUUCCACCAAUAUACCCCUUUCAAAACUGUUUCAGAUCUGGGAUAUAUUUUGUUUGUAAUCUUCUGUCUCAGUGUGCCAUUUUAAGAUUACUACCCAAAUAUAUCCCAGAUCGGAAACAGUGUUGACUGGGUACAUGCUUACUCAGCAUGGCUUAGAAAAAAAGAAAAAGGUUCCUAACCUAAAGAGUAAUGUCUUUUUAUAGCACGGUACCUAAUUCAUUAGCAGUGCAGUAAGAAAGGAAAAUCCCCUGUAAAUUCUAUAUUUAACAGCUCUCUUGGUCACACUAUCAGUGUUGUGUACCCUCCAGUCCACAAGGGGGAGUGAGCAUGCUCGAAAUGCCAUAUAUUGUCACCAAAGUGAGUUGUAAGAAAGGAUAUUGUUUUUGGCAAGAAUCAGACUAAGCAGAAAAGGCCUUGCCUCAUUCCUUAGAAGGGCUGUGUCAAGGACAGGCUAAAGACAUUUUGGUACCUGAUGUGAACCAAGGAAUAAGGGAUGAGUGAAAGUCUACACCAGGAAUGGGGAGGGGAGGGAAUAAAAGAUCUACAUCAGGAUCUGCUGUCCCUAUGGAUCUUGCCGCCUGAGGCAGUUGCCUCACCUUGCCUCAUGAGUGGGCUGGCCCUGGUGCAGUCUUUGCCUGAGGAAAUCCAGGUUGCAAAGGGGAAGAGCACACAUCCUACCCUUAUAGCCCACAUUCUUUUCCUCCAUAGCAAAUGGAACAAAUUGUUGAUUUUUGCAUCGUAAUCUGAUGGAAAACCUACCUCUCAUUCACACCAUUGGCCAAAAGCAUGGUUGCCCACUUACCUCCAUUAAUUGGCAGAACAUAAGACUCCACUCUCUCGUAGUAUUGCCAAAUUGCAGCUUCCAAUGGUUAGGAGGGCUAUGAAUACCACCCAUCAAGUUGACCACCUUCGUGCUAGAACUUUGGUGACUUAAUUGUAUGGCUUCCUUAAAUCACCUCAUUAUCAGGCAUCAAAGAAUCUGCUUUGCACAUUAAUAACAAACUUUGGUAAUACAACUGCAUUAUGGAGAGUUUGACAGGAGUUCAGUAUAUCCCUGAAAACCCUGCCUAAUAGCAGUUACCCUUCCUGACUAACUUCAUUGGUGCUUGGCAGCAGUUGCUUGGGGUUAAGGGCGAGCUUCCUAACUGCUAAGCCUAGGGAGCUAAAAUGAUCCUGGCUUGAGAGGAGCAGGUUUGUCUUCGUAGAUGGACCCUUGCAAAACUCUUACAUUCAAAUUAGGAAUUCUGACUUUGGCAUUUUAAACAGUGUAAACUUGCAAGACCCUUGUAAUUAUGUUAUGGUCCUAAGUAUUGCUUACUAAAGUCAUCAAUUCCAACUUUCUGUUGUGGAAGUAUGUGGUAUAUUGGUGUGGGACCCUAUCUGGGAAUAAUUUUACUACUUACGUUUUUUGUACAUGUUACGAACAGAUCUGACAGCAACUUUGCUUUGGUUUAUAGCCUGUGUUAAGAAUAAAACAUCGCCCCCGCCCCCAAAAGUAUUGGGGGAGAUGGACAAAAAGAAAUGGCUGCGGUGGUUAUGAGUUACAGAAAGCUGGUAGAUUAUGUAACCAUCUGUAUGAUGUUAAUUCUAAACUGUUCCAUAAAUCACACUAGAUGCUCCCUGGUGUGGAGUGAAAAAUACCCACGCUGGUUCUAAAUAUGUAAAAACCACAUUCCCUACCAAAAAAAAGUGGGAAGAAGGACACUGUCUGAAGGACAGAAAUGAACCUUGUCAUAUAAUGUAAGUAUAUAAUUUAAUAUAUUUCAAGGCUCCAAUUCAGCUUAAUUUAGUUAUGACUAAGUCUGGCUGAAACCAGUGGAAUUAGUCAUGAGAAACUUAUGUCCCAUGGCUUUCAGAGGGGCUUGAUCAUGACUGACCUUUAGCUGGGCUGGAGCCCAAGGGGUUUAAUGCCAUAUAAAGAGUGGCACCUAACAGGCAGAGCGAUUGUAACCACCACCAACCAGCUGGUUCGGAGGGAUGUAGCAGAGAUUUCCCUCUGCCAUUUCGUCCGUCAACAGCACCGGCUGUUAAAAGGCUACUGUUAGCAGUAAUUGAUUUAAGGCCCUGGAAUGAGGAUGGGACAAGACUAACUACAGAGCCACUGGAUUCUAAACUUGUCCAGCGGCUGGAGGAGUUUGAGCCUGCAGCUGGUGCAGCAAUAAUUAGGUAUAAUAAAAUAUUAUAAUAAUAAUAAUAAUAAUAAUAAUAAUAAAAAACACACAACUCUGCCCAUCUGGCUGGGUUGCCCCAAACCAUUCUGUUUAGAUGUACUCUCUGAGCUUCCCACACAGGUCAAAACUCCUGAUUUUCCAGUAAUUAGCAAGCUAAGAUUUGCUUUGCUGGGUUACAACCAAGAGCCAGUCUUGUCUGCAUUCUGUUUUCUGCAAUAGCUAGCAAGGUGGCCUUUGGGAAGGUUACUAGCAGGGCAUGAGGGCAACAGCCCUCUCCCCCUGUUGAUUGUCAUCAGCUGGUACGCUUGAGGUUCUGCAGUCCAGAGAGAGGAUAUACAUACCAAAGUGCAUCCUAUGUGCCAAUUGAAGGAAAAGCAGCUCUGUGCAUUGCUAUAAGGAAUACUUGUGAGAUAAUACCACAGGGAGCAAGAAUGCAACCUCAUCCUCUGUACCACUCUGAGAAGGGGGGUUCUCACUCCUCACUUGCUCAGCAAGGCUCAAAGGGGAAAGAAUACAGUGGGGGAUGGGAACUGCAUAUUAUAUUUCAGUGGUCUAAAUCAAUGCCCUUUUGCCCUCAUGAAUUACUAUAGCAAUGUGUUUGCAUACAACUUAUUAGAUGCCACUGGUGGUUUUUAGCUACAGGUAGCAACAGUACUGAAAUGAAACACUACACAAAUUAGAAAUAAUCCCCAUUGGAAAGGUCAAUGCCAAACAGAGGAAAAUGGCCUCAAAUGCCAAAAUACGCAGAUUUCAGAACUUGUGUUUGUCAUGAAAUCUAAAACCAUCAGUUUACUGAUAAAGCAUGGUAGGGACUAUAGUUUUCUGGUAGAACAUACACUUGGCACAAGUAAAUGUCAGAAGUUCAAUCGCUGGCACCUCCAGUUAAAAAGGAUCACAUAGCAGGUGAAAGAAAGGCCAAUGCCCCCAAACCUUGAAGAGCUACUGCCAGUCAACAGAGCAACACUGAUCUAGGUGGACGAAGUCUGACCAGAUUAAAGACAGCUUUUUAUGUUCUGAGAUGCAAGUUACCUAUCCGCAAUAUUGCAUACAGUUCAGCAUUUAGAUUGCAGCAUUUCCUUCAUUACUUUUAGAAUAAAAUAAACUCAACACUGCAAACUUGUGCACAUGUGCUACGGAGUAAGUCUUACUGAAUUCAAUAAAAUUUCCUUCUAUGCAGUGUUAUCCAUAGACCUAUUGAAAGGCUUAGUCAUGAACCAAUGUGCCUAGUAUUCCAGCACGCAACUGGUGUAGACAUAGGAAGCAGAUGUUGCUGCUUCUGUAACCUGCCUCACUGUGGAGAUGGGAAUCUGCCUUCCCCUAUAAAUUUCAAGAUAGAUGAAUAAGUGCAUCACACUUUCCUUUAUCUGAAACUUGUAUAUGAUGUCAUUUGGGUAUUUUUGUCUGACAUUAAAAAAAAAUGGAAUCCUAAAUGCUAUUUAUGUAAACUUUAACCACCCUUGAGCAAGUAAUGUUCACAGUAAACAUAACCACAGUGAAGUGAUUUUGCCUAAGGUGCCUCCCUUUUGCUUUGUUUUAGUCAAAUACUGGAAAUACUAGCAGCAGUACGUGAAGAAGAUCCACUAGAACUGGCCAACACUACAUAUAACAACAGCAUUAAAAUCUUCUUUCCAGAUAUGUAAAGCAUUUUAUGUAUUAUGAUAAAAACUGGUAAUCCUGUCCAUGUAAUAAAGAUUUGACUCUUCUCUGCAUCAAAUCUGAAACCAUGAUUUAGAAACAGGCAUGCUGUAAAGGUUUGAUUAAACACCUAAGUAGAAAGCUUUCACCCUCACCCCGUGAAAUAUUUUCCUGGUUGUUGUUGUUUUGCCAAGCAUUUAUUUCAAUUUAUUUUACUAUCCAGUUGACUCUGUUAUAUGGAAUAUAAUGUCUUACUAUUCAUAUAGAACCGAAAAUGGCACAAGGCCCUCUGACUACCUAUCUUCCAAGAGAAAUGCAACCCUUAGCAAAAACAACAGUUUCUUCAUCCCCAACAUUUCUCUCUUCCCAUAAACAUAAAAACAGUAGCAAGAAUGGUAACAGUUAUGCAAACCUAGAAUUUUAAUUUUUGCUGUCAAGUUGGAAACGAUGCUUUGAUAGGAUUUUAAAAUAACUGACAUCUGUUAACCCUUAUCCAAUAUUUUAAUUGGUUUAAAGGGUGACUCCUUGAGACACUGGCUUGUUUUCAAUAUAUCCCAAAACCAUGGGCUUAAGUUUACCAAAGUGCGGGAACUUUUAGACACAACUUGCACACUAUAAUUUUUUGAUCAAUUAAGAAGUGUUUUGUUCAACUGUUUUAAAAAAUAUGCGAAAACACUUUAUUCCAUGUACAAUAAUGUACAUAAAGUUUAAGGUGGUCGCAAAAGAGACCAGCAGUAAUUAAGAGGUAUAUUUACAAUCGCACAUCACAGUAAAUUGACAACCCCAUUCACAGAUUCAACAUUUUGAGAUACUGUUCUUGUGCUUAGUUACACACUGAUGAAGUGAAGCUUUUAUUCCAUAGUUGAACUCCACUAUUAACACCCACCCACAGUGUUCAGUACAUGACAUUUUAAACCAAGUCAGGUUCCCUGUUCUGAGUGUUCUUCGGGCAGUGUGACAGACUGACUUGAAUUCUCAGUCUCUGCUUCCUCCUCACUCUCAGAACUGUCAUUAUCUUCAUUUAGUUCAUUUUCCAUAUCAGCAGCUGCAUCUUCUCCUUGCAAAGGAUUUUCAUCAGGUUCAUUUUCAUCGAGUGCAACAAAGCCAUUGUUAUUUGAGAGAUUGAGAUUCUCCUUCUCCUCAGUAUAAACUUUUUGAUGGCACAUUGGACAAGUGUCUUGAAUGUAGAGCCAUUUCCGAAGGCAAAGUGCAUGGAAGUAAUGGUUACAUGGAGUAAUACGAGCAGAUGUAGUAAACUCGUGGUAGCAGAUUGCACACACGUCAUCGAUUUCACGUAAUCGCUCUCCUUUGACUUCAGGAAGUGAGUUGAUUUUCUCAACAGCUGUCCUGCGAUUGAUAAAGGUUUUCCAGCCAUUCUUUGCCUGCAGGUAGAUGUUGAAGUAGGCAUGCAGACACAUCAUACAAGCCCGGAUUUUGCUUCCUGAUUCAAACACCAUGGUGUAAGCACCAUUCCCAAACAUUAUUACUCCAAAUAUAAACUCAAUUAUAUUGCCCGUUGAUCGAACAUAGUAGACAUAAUCAUCAAGCUUUUCCCAUAGGACAUUAUAGUAGCCAUCAAUCAUAAAGAGUACAUACACAGUGAUAGAAACAAUAACCUUCAGGCAGAGUUCCACGCAGAAUGCCGUAACAGCAAACAGCCAUGUAUUUAGUGCAUAGUGGUGCCAAAGCAUGUAACUGAGCAAAAUUGGAAGAACAAAGAGGCAAGCUGAGACGAAGAGCACAGGAAAGUGUCUGCGAAAUGAGGACACAUGGGAGGCACUCAGAGACAUUAGGACAGGGUCUGUCAUUCCGUGGAUAAAAUGCAGGACUGCGGUCAGCAAAAGGCACAUGUUUCGACUCAAGCGAACUAGUCUCUCUUCUGGCUUAAGCCCACUUAAACCAGUCUGCAGGGCCAAAAUAAAAAAUAAAACUGGUGCCACAAAACCAAGCCUUUUGUCGUCUUCAUCAGUAGAUCCAAUAAAGGCCAAGAUACCAAGCCCCAGGUAGUGAGCUAUAGAUGAAAUUACAGCACUCAUGCCUAAUACAGUUAAAGUAGAAUCACACCCGCUGACAAUAAGGCUGCAAAAUAACUCCCAAAAACUGUCCCAAGAAAUCAUGUAAAAUUUAAUGCCUGGAUCAGUUUCUGCCAUUUUGAUGAAGAAUGUUAAUACAACAGCUUGAGCUGCCAGCCUCGUUAGCCAAAAGACCCGCAAAACUGAUGGAAAACGAAUCCUUUUCCAUGUAUCUUCCAGCAACAGUUGUAAUCCAUAAAUGCGAUACAUGUGCCUUAUAAGAAGAUAGACAUACCGUGAAGAGUAGUAGAACCGUUUAAUUUUAUAAACUAAAACGACCAGGGUGUAUACUGUCAAAAUGAAGCCUGAGGUAAAGACUAAAAUCUGCCUGAUGUGUAACGGCAAUUCAACGAUCAAGCCUACAAGAGGAAUCAAUAAAUCCAGUAUGAUUAGCUGAGAAUAUAUGGACUGGAUAUUUAACAGUGCAACGUAGCCAAUUCCAAAGGCAAGCUGAAGGACAGAGAGUGCCAUCCCUAAGGAAGGUCCUUUAUGAGGAAGGAGCUGAACUCCAAAAGGUGUUGUAUAAGAGGCACUGUGGAAGUUUAUGUGCAAAAAAGCGUAAUAGUUCACCAUCACUGAUGUUGCGGCUAGCAGAAGAGCGGAGCUGAUCGUAUAAAACUUGAAAAGUGAUCUUUGUGACAGAAUCAGAACAACACUGGAUACAAAGACACCUAAAAGGAGGAGGAAAGGAGAGUUAGUUGUCUGCACACUCUAAAAUGACAAUUGCUCAAUGACUCUAAAGCACAUGCACUUUGAACAAGUGUGACUGUUUGUUAAGUUUUCAGCCCUCUCUGUAAAUUCAAUUCUACAGUUCAAUUUUAUAGAAGCUGUACUCCAAUUAAUCCAAUCAUAGUAAAUAAUAAUUUCCACACAGCCCAGAAUAUCAACUCUUGAACAGGCAUACCUCACUUUAUUGCACUUGACAGAUAUUGCUCCUUACGAGGCCGCUUCCAGGGGAAGGAAGCCCCCCGCCACCUCUCUUCUGGCCUGGAGCUAGGUUUCCCCCUUUCGCCCCUGCAGCCAGGGGGGGUCUGGCUUAAUAGACUACAGUAUAGUGUAAACGUCACUUUUAUAUGUACUGGGAAACAACAAAACCUGUGUAACUCGCUUUACUGCAAUAUUCACUUAUUGCGGUGGUCUGGAAUCAACUCUCAAUAAUCUCUGAGGUAUGCCUGUAUAUUCACUUGCUCCAAACUACUGAGGACAAAUAAGCACAAUGGAAAUGAGGGCAAACUAAUCACAUGUUUGAUAGCAUCAAUUAGGCCACCAUUUCUACAUACAUUGCUGUUCCUCUGUAGCAGCUCAGACCUCCUAGCGGCAAGUAGGAGAUCAUCAACACAGAGCAAUAUACACCAAAGUCAUUAUUGACCAGGGCCAGAGGGGGCCUUUUUAGUGAUCACACCCAGACUGUGGGAUUUGGUGCUCAGAAAGGUUCUUCACCCCUUCCCUGAGGGUCUUUUGCAAUAAGGACCUUCCUUUUUAAGGAGGCCUUGGUUACUAGAUGGGCUUUUAGUUUUUUAUGGCUUUAAUACUUAGAAAAAAAUCAGUAAAAACUAGAUGAUGAUGAUGAU